CCUCCCAUGUCACUUCAUCGCUCGCAUCGCCGGCCGCCCUUGGUUUCCAUCAACGCGCAGUGCCUGAUCGACCUCUUGCCAUCCGGGCAAGGCAUCGCGAAUCAUGAACGGCGAUAGCUACUCGUCCCGAGACGGGCGGAGAGGCAGAGAUUAUCCUCCCCGCGGAGACCGAGACGAUAGGCGCGAUCGCCCUCGUGACCGUGACCGCGAACGGGACCGCGACAGGGAACGUGACCGUGAUAGGGAACGUGACCGAAACCGCGACCGUAGACGCUCGCGAUCUCCCGACCAUCGCGGACAUCGCCGCGGCGAUGCGGAUGCAGACGCCUAUUCGUCGAGCCGAAGCCACCGCGAUCGCGAGCGAGAGGACCGCUACUCUGGUCGUGACCGCCGAGGAGACCGCGAAUGGGACCGCGAUCGUGGUUCCUCUCGCCGCGAUGCGCGACGCGAUGACGACGACAGACACCCUCGACGAGACCGAGACCCAUUUGACGACCGUCGGAGAGGUGCUGGGCGUGAGCCCCGACGUGAUGACGGUGCAUUCGGCCGAAACGAGCCCCGGCGCAGCAUCACCCCCCCCGUCAAGCGGGAACCAACGCCUGACUUGACCGACGUCAUACCUAUUCUGGAGCGCAAGAGACGCCUGACCCAGUGGGACAUCAAGCCGCCUGGAUAUGAGAUGGUUACGGCCGAGCAAGCCAAGCUAUCCGGCAUGUUCCCACUGCCCGGCGCGCCCCGGCAACAACCCAUGGACCCCUCCAAGCUCCAGGCCAUGAUGAACCAGCCUGGAAGUCAGGUAACCAGUGCUGGCCUGAAAGCAAGCAACUCCCGCCAAUCCAAGCGCCUCGUCGUUUCCAACUUUGCGCCCACGACGACCGAGGAAGGUCUCACUUCCUUCUUCAAUCUUCAGAUGAACGGGCUGAAUGUCGUGGAAAACCAUGAUCCUUGCGUUGGCUGCCAACUUUCCAGCUCAGGAAAAUUUGCUGUUUUGGAGUUCAAGGAUUCCUCCGACGCCACUGUUGCGCUUGCCUUUGAUGGGAUCUCGAUGGAGGCAGAUGACGCCAUGAACGGCUCGACAGAGCCAGCCGGCCUGGUCAUAAGACGACCCCAAGACUACGUUAUGGCCGCCGUCCCAGAGGAAGUCGCCCAUGAUCCGGAUGUUGUUUCCAGCCAUGUACCCGAUACGCUGAACAAGCUGAGCGUCACAAACAUUCCUUCGUUCCUUACCGACGACCAAGUUAUCGAGUUGCUCGCCGCCUUCGGAAAGCCCAAGGCAUUUGCCCUCGUCAAAGACCGAAAUACACAAGAGUCUAGAGGAAUCGCAUUUGUCGAAUACCUCGACCCGGCAACGGCAACCGAGCCUGCUCUCAACACUCUCAACGGCAUGGAUGUCGGAGGUAAGAAGCUAAAGGUGAUGAAGGCUAGCUCAGGCUCCACCCAGGUCGCCAACUUCGAUGUUGGCAUCACGGCCAUCAGUGGCCUCGCGUCUCAGUCUGCAAAUGAGACCAAUAAGGGCCGCGUCGUUCAGAUGCUGAACAUGGUCACUCCGGAGGAGCUCAUGGACGAUGACGAAUACGAAGAAAUUUGCGAUGAUAUUCGCGACGAGUGUGCGAAGUUUGGCAAGGUACUGGAGCUCAAGGCUCCCCGACCUUCUGGUGGUAGCCGACAGUCUGCUGGCGUCGGCAAGAUUUUUGUCAAGUUUGAGACGGCCGAGUCUGCCAAUGAAGCGCUGAAUGCUUUGGCUGGACGGAAGUUCGCCGACAGAACCGUCGUCACGACCUAUUUCCCUGAGGAGAAUUUUGAUGUUGGUGCUUGGUAGGAUGCUGACGAGCAUUCCCAUGACACAAUUUCGUGGGGCAAAUGGAGCGCGAGACGGCUUGGGUAUGGGCCAGAAGGCAACCAACGAUGGGGAGUCGGUGGCCUCUUCUUUGUCUGACAAUCAACCACAUGUAAAACAAAACGUAAGGCGGGGAUGGUAUCGUGCGAGUUGCUUCGCACAUGUCACGGGCGAUGCUUGGACGGAAAUCGGCAGAUGGAUGGCAUUUGGCGGAUAUCUAGGAAUGUCCAGCUCUAAUACAUCUUGUGUCGAUUGCCUAAAAUACCCUCGACGCAAAAUCUGUUUCCUUUGACAUGUCAGCCAGUGACUUUCGAUGGGAUGAGCCAGAAAGUCAAAUGAGAUCAGGUGCAAUUGGUGAUCAGAAGUCCAGUUCAUUCAUCGAGCCCGAGAG